AUGGAGAAUUUCUCAGAUGUUAACAGCUUGUGGUUAGAAACUAGAGCUCCUUAAGCUGCUUAGUUAGCACCUUCUUUGAAUUAUUCUUAAAGAGAGAAGAGUUAACAAUUGAGCGAAUAAAUAAAUAUUACUUAAAGAAAAUCAAAGAAUACUUUUGAAAGUACAUACUUUUUAAAAAGCGGUUCAAGAUCUUUACAGCCUGAAAAACAAGAAUUAAGGUUAGUAAUCAAUGAGUGA